AUGGCAUUAAAGAAAGAGCUGUCCACACUUUUUAGCCUUUUAACGUCUAAAGCUCAGCUUCUCCCAGUCAAAACGAAAACUAGGGCUUUAAAAGAUAUCCAAACGAUUUUUAAAGACUACGAAACAAUAGAAAAUGCAGCAAUUCUGGAAGAGAUCAAGACUAGAGCUAAUAAUAAGCUGAUAAUUAUGGAAAUGUCAGUCCCAGACGAGCCUGAAGAAAAGAAAACUACAUUUGAAAUCCCUGGGGUCAAAAAGUUCCACGUAAAGGACGGAAAAGUAGUAGAAGGAGAAGCCCCACAGAAGCAUGCGACUGAUUUUUCUAAUUGAUACGCAGGAAAUGUUGACCCCAGUGACCUAAAAAGACACAAAGAACUGAGAGAUAGGAUGUGCUACUUUGGGCCGUUUUGGGAAGGACGCAAAAGAAAUCCAAGCAUCCUUGAUGAGCCUGCUGGGGUUUACCCAAAAAUGGAAAAAGAAGAAAAACCUCCAAGAGACAUAGAAAUGGAAGAAAAUAAUUUUGAGCUGGUUAAACGAUAA